AUGUCUGCAAAACAGCAACUACGUAUACUGGUUCCAGUGAAAAGGGUAGUUGAUUUUCAAAUUAAACCAAGAGUAAAUAAGACCUUAACCGGAAUUGAAACUAAUGGGAUUAAAUUCAGCAUUAACCCAUUUGAUGAUAUUGCAGUAGAAGAGGCUAUCAGGAUUAAGGAGAAGAAAAAGGGUUUGGUAGACUCCACACAUGCUGUGUCUAUUGGUUCUGCCAAAUCUCAGGAUAUUUUAAGAAAUUGUCUUGCUAAGGGUAUUGACACCUGCAGUUUAAUUGACUCCAUGGGUAAAGGGGACAUAGAGCCCUUAGCUAUUGCAAAAAUCUUGAAGGCUGUUGUUGAAAAAAAGGGUUCCAACUUGGUUUUGAUGGGUAAGCAAGCAAUUGAUGACGACUGUAACAAUACUGGUCAAAUGUUGGCAGGUUUAUUAAACUGGCCACAGGCCACAAACGCGGCCAAGGUGGAAUUCCUUGAUAAUGGUAAAGUUCAAGUAACAAGAGAAAUUGAUGAUGGCGAAGAAGUCAUCGAAGCUUCCUUACCGAUGGUUAUAACCACGGAUUUGAGAUUGAACACUCCGCGUUACGUAGGACUGCCUAAAUUAAUGAAGGCAAAAAAGAAGCCUAUUGAGAAAUUGGAUAUAGCAAAAGAUUUUCCUGAUAUUAACAUUGAGCCUCAGCUAAAGACGAUUUCGAUGGAAGAACCAAAAAAUAAGCCACCAGGAGUGAAAUUGAACUCUGUAGAUGAAUUGAUUGAAAAGUUAAAGGACGCGAAGGUCAUUUAA